UUCUAUCUAGUCCUAGUUAUUAUUUUCUAUCUUUCAACUAACUGAAAAAAAAAUAAAAAACAUGAACCUUAUUCUCCAAUAAGCUCUCACAUUUUUGUGAGCAAACAUUAUAUCUUUAGCACUGAAAAAAGAAUCAGCAGAAAAAUGUCAGCCAGUGCUAGCUUGGGUUAUGGGGGACCAACCUGCUUCAAUGUUCAGCAGCAACCAAUAAGGAACAGCUUCAUAUCUAAACAGCAACAUAAAACUGUGGGGUUGAUGAUGGGUUGUAGGAGUAGAAGACAUGGUAACACAAGCAAAAGGGUAGUAGGGGUUGUAAGGUGUGGUGGAAUUGGUAUAGGAGACUUCAUAGGAGGAGACUUGAUAAGAUUUGAUCUUGGACGUUGGCUUUCUGAUGUUGAAGAACACAAAGCACUUGCUAUAUACACUCCCCAUGAAGGUGGCUAUGAAGGACGCUACUUAUCACGCCUCCAACGUCAGGGUUACUACUUCCUUGACCUUUCAGCUCGUGGCCUUGGUGAUCCUGAAACUACACUCACCAAGAUUCACCCUGUUUGCCCUGCUCAUCUUGGCAAGCAGCCAAUAGCAAGGUGGUAUUUCCCACCAGAAGUUGAUUACAGAUUAGAAGCAUUGCCACCAAAUGCCAAAGGAUUGGUGGUGUGGAUACUUGAAGCCAAGGUUCUCUCUAAGGCAGAAUUGCAAUUCCUUGCUUUGCUACCUACACUUAGGCCUAAUGUGAGGGUCAUUGCUGAAUGUGGAAACUGGAGAAAGUUUAUGUGGAAGCCACUAAAAGAAAUUGCUGGACUAACAACCAGUGAGGAAGCUUGAUUUGUUAAUUAUCAUCUCUGAUUUUCCAACCUUCAACAAUCAUGUUUCAAUAUUCAUCUGUCUUCAAGCUUGAACUCCCAACACAAGUUACUACAUACUGUAUUGCAGAUAAGAAAGGAUGAUAAAAAGAUACAGGAAAAUGUAGUUCUUUGUAAAUAAUUAGAUCUGCCACAACCAUGAGUGAUACAUUCUCAAGGUUUAACAAACAUUUCCACCAAACAUGAUAUUCAUGAAA